AUGACUGGACAGGAGCAGCGCCCCAUUGCGACCGUGACCGAGGGCCCUGCGCUGGGCAAAUCCGGCAAGCGAAUCUGCUGCUCGUGUCCCACCACCAAGAAAGCGCGCGAUCUCUGCAUUGUGAACAAUGGCGAGGACCACUGCAAGGACAUUAUUGAGGCGCACAAAGCCUGUCUGCGCAGUGAAGGCUUCACAAUCAAGUAA